GGAGGUGAUGGUGGCCGGGUACCCGGUGCUGCUGGUGAGGAACAAGAAGGAGUUCAGUGCCCUCAGCAGCAAGUGCCCCCACUAUGGUGCCCCGCUCAGCAAAGGAGUCUUCAGAGGGGAGAGGCUGCGCUGCCCUUGGCAUGGGGCCUGCUUCAACAUCAGGACCGGAGACAUUGAGGAGUACCCAGCCCUGGACUGCCUGCACCGCUUCAAGGUGACCGUGGAAGAUGGCAAGGUGUUUGUGACAGCAAAAAGGAAGGAUCUGGCGAGCAGCCUGAGGGUGAAGGACACAAGCAAGCGAUGCCCUCUGAGCCGGGCCACGGUGCUGCUGCUGGGGGGAGGUGUUGCUGCUCUGGUGUGUGCAGAGACCCUGCGCCAAGAGGGCUUCACCGGCAGGAUCAUCAUGGCCACCAAGGAGAAACACGUCCCAUAUGACAAGUCCAAACUGACCAAGGAAAUGAACUUGAAAGCCGAGGACAUCUACAUGAGGACACCCGAAUUCCUCCAUGCACACGGCAUAGAGCUCUGGAUGGAGAAAGAGGCAGCAUCAGUGGAUUUCCAGCAGCAGGAGGUGCACUUCAUGGAUGGGUCCUCCCAUGGGUACAACCAGCUGCUCAUCGCCACAGGCUGCCACUCCAGCCUCCUCAAAGUCCCAGGAGCAGACCUGCAGAACGUGUGCGUGCUCCAAACCCCAGAGGACGCCAGCAAGAUCUUGGAGCUGGCAACCGGGAAGAACCUGGUGAUCAUUGGAGCUUCAUUCAUAGGGAUGGAGGCAGCCGCCUUCCUCUCGGACAAGGCUGCUGCCAUCGCGGUGGUGGAGAAACAGGAGCUCCCUUUCCAAAGGGUGCUGGGUCCUCAGGUCGGAGGCGUCACCAUGAAGAUGCUGCAAGCCAAAGGGGUGAAGUUCUACAUGAAAGCGGAGCUCCGCGAGCUGCAAGGGAAGGAUGGAAAGGUCGCAGAGGCCGUUCUUGCCUCCGGAGAGAAGCUACCUGCGGAUGUGGUACUGGUGGGAAUAGGGACAGUCCCCAACUCAGCAUUCCUGAAGGGCACCUCCAUUGCCAGAGACGCCAGCGGAGCCAUCCUGGUGGAUCUGCACAUGCAGACCAACAUCCCCAAUGUCUUCGCUGCCGGGGAUGUGGUCUCCUUCCCUGUAGCGCUGCUCAAUGGGGAGCGGUGCAGCAUCCAUCACCAACAAGUGGCUGAGGCCCACGGUCACACCGCUGCCCUAAACAUGCUCAAGAAAGAGAAGCAGCUGCACACCAUUCCCUUCUUCUGGACCACGAUGCUUGGGAAGAGCAUCCGCUAUGCAGGCUGCGGGAGGGGAUACACGGACACUGUUGUGAAGGGCAGCCUGGAGCAACAGAAGUUCCUCAUCUUCUACAUCAGGGACGGUGCAGUGACUGCAGCAGCCAGCCUGGGCUGUGACCCCAUGGUGGCUCUGCUCGCUGAGGCUUUGUACACCGGGAAACAGAUCUCUAAAGAGGAAGCAGAGUAA